AUGCAGGCUAGUCCUCAGCGUAGCCCAGUAGCUGCGGCUGCAAGGAAUCGUCGGGCGGCUGCAGCUGUGGCGGCAGCUACGCUGGCGGCCUCUCCAGUGCGCCAAGCAACAGCAGCAGCAGAAACGGCAGCAGCAGCAGCAGCGCCACUGGCUACUGCUGCGGCCUUCCCUUGUUUUGACUUCGCCAAAAAUGUGGGCCAGAGAGGUGACAGAGAAGGGCUUGGCUCAGGUGCUGCUUCCCCGCUGAGUGCUUUGCGGGCAGAGGGGCGGACACCUGCAACACCGCCGACAGCAGCAGCAGCAGCAGGCGCAGCAGCAGCAGCAGCAGACGCGCAGCAAUGGAGCCGCUGCACUGAGGCAGCCACGAGUCUUUCUAAGGCCUGGAAUGCCUUGAAACUGGACACGAGCAGCAACAGCAACAGCGGCAGCCGCGGCAGCAGCGGCAGCGGCAGUUACUGCUGCUGCUGCAGCACUCGACUUUACGGCGAUGUCGCUCGGCUGUCUUGGCAGCUGCAGCACGAGAUCAAUGCCUUGCUGCUGCUUCUUCCCGCAGAGCACGUCCAGGAGGAUGCAGAAACAGCAGCAGCGUUAUCUGCAGCAGCAACUGCUGCAGCAGCAGCUGCUGCUACAGAUGCGGGAGCUGCCAGCACAUCGAAGAUUUGGGGCGAUGCAGCCUGUUGGAGUGUCGCGCUGCAGCCCCGACCGCCAGCAGCAGCUGCUGCAGCAUUGUCUGCAGCAGCAGCAGCAGCAGCACACUCAGCUGCAACAGCAGCAGCAAACCAAACGCCUCAGCAGCUGAGUCGCUGCUGCCUUCCUUCGGUUUCCACAGCCCUUCGGCUGGUUCGAGCUCUGGGUCUUUGCUCUUGUGAAGCAGCAGAAGGCAGCAACGCAUUGCUGCUGCUGCACAGAGCUGCAGAAGCAGCAGCAGGUGCCGCUGCAGCAGGACAUGCUGCUGCAGAGCAGCGACCGGCUUACUGCACCUGCGAAGCUAUUCAGAGCAGCAAGCCUUCGCAGCAUCCGGGAGGUCCGCUACACAAGCUGCUGCAGGCAGCAGCAGAAGCAGCAGCACAGACUUAUGGGUCACUGCUGUCAAUAGAAUCGCUGCUGCGGGCGCUGGCUGCUGCAUUGAGGCAAGAGCGGCAGCAGCAGGACCUUCAUUUGCUGCUGCGAGGCGCGGGGAGUGAGCCCUUUGCUGCCUGGGAUCAGCAGCUGCAGCAGCAGCAGCGGCAGCCACAGCAGCAGCGGCAGCUGCAGCAGGCAACGCAGACACUGCAACAUUUCCUGACGAAGGAUUUCGAGGGCCUGGCCAGCGCCGUAGUCAGCCGCUGCAUGGCCGGCUUAGCUGCGCUGCAGCAGCACGCACUGCAGCAGCAGCAGCGGCAGCAGCAGCAGCAGCAGCAAGGCGCCCAACAGCAGCAGCACGAAGAAGUGCUUCUCACUAUUGGAGCCGUAAGUCUAUUUCAGCUGCAUGGGUGCAAGUGCGCAUCACUAUGA